CUAACAGCAGGCUGCGGCUCAGAAAACUCGUUCCCCGUCGCCGACUAACUUGACAACCAACGUCUCCCUUUCAUCUCCCCGACACGCUGCUCAACAUCCACCCACCAGCCCUCGACCAUCGCGUUUAAUCGCGAUAUUAUCCUACGAGCUGGACUAUUCCCAUUGCCGAUCGUGAUUUCCCUCUUUUUCGCCUUUUUUUCGGAGCUUCGCAACGUCGUGGACAGGGUCGCAGGCGCCCUCGUGGCAAGGGCUGCCAGAGGCCUCAUCUGGCCCUCUGCUCGCAACAUCUCUCGUUAAUCGCUGACUCGUGCUUGGAAAAUAACGAAAAAAAGGACUCGAAAGCUGUCUACAAUACUGCUAGGAACUUCUUCUCCGCCUUCGCCGACUGUUUUUGCCUCUUGAUUUCCUCGGUUUUUCGCGCGAUUAUCCAUCAUGUCGAACGUUUACUUUCCGUACUCCAAGGCGCCUUUGCGCACCAUCAAGGAGAUCCAGUUUGGUCUUUUCUCACCCGAGGAGAUCAAGCGGAUGAGUGUGGUACAUGUCGAAUAUCCAGAGACUAUGGACGAUCAAAGACAACGGCCCCGAACCAAAGGUCUGAACGACCCGCGCUUAGGAACUAUCGACCGCCAGUGGAACUGUGAAACAUGUGAGGAGGGACAGAAAGAGUGUCCUGGACACUUCGGACAUAUUGAGCUUGCCACUCCGGUUUUCCAUAUCGGUUUCUUGACCAAAAUCAAGAAAUUGCUCGAGACAGUCUGCCACAACUGUGGAAAGAUCAAAGCCAACACGUCCGAUUCCAAGUUUCUAGAUGCCCUGCGGAUUAGAGACCCGAAAAGACGCUUCGACCACAUCUGGCGACUCUCGAAGGAUGUUCUUAUUUGCGAGGCCGACCCUCCUCCGGAUGACGAUGAGUACGGGAAAGAAAGCUCGAAACCCCUGCGGCUUCACGGUGGAUGUGGCAAUGCGCAACCCACCAUUCGCAAGGAAGGAAUUACACUGGUUGGAACAUGGAAACCUUCCAAAAGUAUGAUGGAUGAGAUGGACAUGCAGCAGCCUGAGAAGAAAACCAUUACUCCUCAGAUCGCUCUGAAUGUCUUUCGCAACAUCUCUCACGAGGAUGUUCGCAUCAUGGGCCUGAGCAAUGACUAUGCUCGUCCCGAGUGGAUGAUCAUUACUGUCUUGCCUGUUCCUCCACCGCCUGUGCGCCCGAGUGUGCUUGUUGGUGGCAGCACGAGCGGCCAGCGUGGUGAGGAUGAUUUGACCUAUAAACUGGCUGAAAUCGUCCGCGCGAACCAAAACGUUCAGCGCUGCGAGCAGGAGGGUGCACCAGAGCACGUUGUGCGCGAGUUCGAGUCUCUCUUGCAGUAUCACAUUGCGACUUACAUGGAUAACGAUAUUGCCGGUCAACCGAAGGCCAUGCAAAAGUCCAACAGACCUGUCAAGGCUAUUCGAAGUCGUCUAAAGGGUAAAGAAGGUCGUCUACGACAAAACCUGAUGGGAAAGCGUGUAGACUUUUCUGCUCGUACCGUCAUUACUGGUGAUCCGAAUCUGUCGCUCGAUGAGGUCGGCGUGCCAAAAAGUAUUGCAAGGACAUUGACUUAUCCCGAAGUUGUGACUCCUUACAAUAUCGAGAAACUGCAGGCGUUGGUCAUGAACGGUCCUACUGAGCAUCCUGGCGCGCGGUACAUUGUCAGAGAUAAUGGUGAGCGCAUUGAUCUUCGUCAUGCAAAGAGGGCAGGAGGACAACAGCUGCUAUACGGCUGGAAGGUUGAACGCCACAUCAUGGAUGGGGACGUCAUUCUUUUCAACCGACAGCCGUCCCUUCACAAGGAAUCCAUGAUGGGUCAUCGUGUCCGAGUGAUGCCUUACUCUACGUUCCGACUCAACCUUUCAGUCACUACCCCUUACAACGCCGAUUUUGAUGGUGAUGAAAUGAACUUGCACGUCCCUCAGAGCGAAGAGUCCCGUGCGGAACUUCUCAACCUUGCUCUAGUGCCACACAACAUCGUCUCGCCUCAGCGAAAUGGUCCACUCAUGGGUAUCGUACAGGAUACUCUGUGCGGUAUCUACAAGAUUUGCAGACGUGAUAUCUUUUUGACCAAGGAACAAGUCAUGAAUGUUAUGAUGUGGGUUCCCGAAUGGGAUGGGGUGAUUCCUCCGCCUGCAAUCCUGAAGCCCAGACCCCGGUGGACUGGUAAACAGAUGAUCAGUAUGGCGCUCCCGUCCGGUCUCAACCUUUUGCGAGUUGAGAAAGAUGGCUCUCCACUUUCAGAGAAGUUUUCUCCUCUGCAUGACGGUGGCCUUCUUAUUCACGGCGGACAGUUGAUGUAUGGAAUGUUCUCCAAGAAGACUGUUGGUGCUAGUGGUGGUGGUGUCAUCCACACUAUUUUCAACGAGUAUGGUCCGCAAACAGCCGUGGCUUUCUUCAACGGCGCGCAGGCCAUUGUCGGCUAUUGGCUGUUGCACAACGGUUUCAGUAUCGGUAUCGGUGAUACUAUUCCCGAUGAAUUGACCAUCCAGCGCAUUGAGAACUGCGUUCGCGCCCGGAAGCAGGAAGUCGAGUCGAUUACCGCUAGCGCCACUGAUAAUACGCUCGAACCCCUGCCUGGUAUGAAUGUGCGUGAGACGUUUGAGAGUAAGGUUUCUCGUGCUCUCAACAAUGCCCGUGAUGAAGCCGGUAGCGAAACCGAGAAGAGCUUGAAGGAUUUGAACAACGCCAUUCAAAUGGCCCGCUCUGGAUCCAAGGGUUCAACCAUUAACAUUUCACAAAUGACUGCUGUUGUUGGUCAGCAGUCCGUCGAGGGUAAACGUAUUCCGUUCGGUUUCAAGUAUCGUACAUUGCCGCACUUCACAAAGGACGAUUACUCCCCCGAGUCUAGAGGUUUCGUUGAGAACUCAUACCUCCGUGGCUUGACCCCAACAGAGUUCUUCUUCCACGCCAUGGCCGGUCGAGAAGGUUUGAUUGAUACUGCUGUCAAGACUGCUGAAACUGGUUAUAUCCAGCGUAAGCUGGUCAAGGCCCUCGAAGAAGUCAUGGUGAAGUAUGACGGUACUGUCCGUAACUCCCUUGGCGAUAUUAUCCAGUUCAUUUACGGAGAGGACGGACUCGACGGUGCGCAUAUCGAAAACCAGCGUGUUGACAUUAUCAAAUGUUCCGACGAAAAGUUCAAGGAAAGGUUCCGUAUUGAUCUUAUGGAUCCUGAGCGAAGCCUGGGACCCGACGUUCUGGAACAGGCGAACGAGAUUGCUGGAGAUGUUGAGGUUCAAAGAUAUCUGGACGAGGAGUGGGAAGCACUGCUCAAGGAUCGGGCUUUCCUCCGCUCCGUUGCAAAGGAAGAUGAAGAGAUGAUGCAGCUUCCUAUCAAUGUGCAACGUAUCCUCGAAAUGGCUAGGUCAACGUUCAGAAUUCGUGAGGGGACGAUUAGUGACCUGCACCCCGCCGAAGUCAUUCCUCAGGUGCAGUCGCUUCUCGACAGGCUUAUGGUUGUCCGUGGCGACGAUGUCAUCUCGAGAGAGGCCCAGGACAACGCAACCCUUCUCUUCAAAGCCCAACUACGCAGUCGUCUCGCAUUCCGAAGACUGGUGACUGAGUAUUCCAUGAACAAACUUGCCUUCCAGCACGUUCUUGGGGCUAUUGAGAGUCGAUUUGCCAAGGCUGGUGCGGCUCCCGGUGAAAUGGUUGGUGUUUUGGCUGCCCAGUCCAUUGGUGAACCCGCCACGCAAAUGACAUUGAACACUUUCCACUUUGCUGGUGUGUCAUCUAAGAACGUCACGCUUGGUGUUCCUCGUUUGAAGGAAAUUCUCAAUGUUGCGACCAACAUCAAGACCCCGUCUAUGACAGUGUACCAAGAACCUGGUAGGACCUACGAUAAGGAGGGAGCCAAGCAACUUCGAAGCGCCGUUGAACACACCAGUCUGCGUUCCGUCACGGAGGCCACCGAAAUCUACUACGAUCCAGACAUCCAGACAACCGUAAUCGAGAACGACCGAGAUAUGGUGGAGUCUUACUUCAUUAUUCCGGAAGAUGUUACGGAUGAUUCAUCUCGCCAAUCCAAGUGGCUGCUUCGUAUCAUUCUUAGCCGGCCUAAGCUUCUCGACAAGGGUCUAACUGUGCAAGACGUUGCUACCAGGAUCAAGCAGGCUUAUCCGAAAGAUAUCGCUGUCAUCUUCAGUGACAACAACGCUGACGAGCAGGUCAUUCGUAUUCGUCAAAUCCAAGAUUACAAGGAUGAUGAGGACGAUGACGAUAUCGAAUACGAUGUCACUUUGAAGAAGCUGGAGCAGCACUUGCUUGAUACUUUGACUCUUCGCGGUGUUAAUGGAGUCGAGCGUGCGUUCAUCAACGAGAAAAGCAAGGUCAGAGUCCUGGAAGACGGCUCCCUCUUCUCCAGCAAGACAGACCCUCUGUGCAAAGAAUGGGUGCUUGAAACCAGCGGCUCUUCUCUUGGUGAGGUUCUGGCUAUUCCUGGGGUUGAUGCUAGCCGAACAUAUUCCAACCAGUUUAUCGAGAUUUUCGAAGUGUUCGGUAUUGAAGCUGCGCGAACGGCUGUCCUUCGUGAGUUGACGCAAGUGUUGGCCUUCGAUGGAUCUUAUGUCAACCAUCGUCAUUUGGCCCUCCUUGUCGAUGUAAUGACUGUGCGAGGCUAUCUGACCCCUGUUACUCGACAUGGUAUCAACCGCGCUGACAACGGUGCCCUUAUGCGUUGUUCGUUCGAAGAGACUGUGGAGAUUCUGCUUGAGGCUGCGGCGUUCGGAGAGCUGGACGACUGCCGUGGUGUGUCAGAGAACCUGAUCCUGGGUCAAAUGGCUCCUGCGGGUACUGGAGAGUUCGACAUCUACCUUGACCAGGGCAUGUUGAACACCGUUGUUUCAAACAAUGCUCGCUAUGGAGUGAUGGGUGCCUUGGGUGCCAAAGACGCUAUCAUUUCCGAUGGAGCUGCUACGCAGUACGACACUGGCUCGCCAAUGCAGGAAAGUGCAUACAUUGGUACCCCUGAUCCUGACUCGAACUUCUCACCUAUCCGCCAGGCGGGUGCCGAAACUCCAGGUGGCUUCACUGAGUACCAACCUACUGGCGGCUUCGGCGGUGGGUUCAGUCCUGCCGCCACGAGUCCCGCUGGAUAUUCCCCAAGCAGCCCCUUCAGUGCCAAUCCUACCUCGCCUGGUUAUUCCCCAACUUCCAGCUAUUCUCCCACGUCUCCUGGUAUGGGUAUAACAAGUCCCCGCUUCAUGACUUCUCCGGGAUUCUCCCCCGCCAGUCCAUCAUUUGCGCCGACAUCACCGGCCUACUCGCCCACAUCUCCCGCAUAUGGACAGGCUUCUCCGACAUCCCCGUCGUACUCCCCAACAUCUCCCGGGUUUUCGCCGACGUCGCCAAACUACAGUCCCACAUCGCCGAGCUUCAGUCCCGCUUCACCCGCCUUCAGCCCAACAUCGCCAAGCUACAGCCCUACCAGUCCGGCUCUUGGCGGCGCGCGACACCUGUCUCCUACUUCGCCAACCUCUCCCAAAUAUACGCCUACGUCUCCUGGGUGGUCUCCCACAAGUCCCCAGACGUACUCUCCUACAUCUCCCAACUUUGCCGGCUCGCCGACCUCGCCUGGAGGCCCUACUUCUCCUGGCUAUAGCCCGACGUCGCCGGCCUUCAGUCCCACUUCACCACGCCAGUGAAAUUGAACCACCUAUGCUUGGGCUCGUCCUGGCCUCCGUUGUAUUCUUGUACUAUCACUUUCGCAUAAAGAACCCGUCGAAACAAGAAAAGAAAUCAUAUUGCAUAUUCGCCACAGACUUGGUUGGUUAUAUUACUCGCAAUUUGGGCAUGCCUAGCCCGUUUCAACCUUCUCCGUUACUAUUAUCUUUCGUCCUCCUUCUUAAUGUAUGUGAAUUACCUCACGCCCUAACCUGAGCCUGUCGAUGUUAUUCCAAGCCUCUGAGCCAGCCUGCCGAAAUUGCGAACAAAUUCCUACGGGUUGGUGAUGCGUUACGUUUCUCUCUGCAAGCGAUUGUUUCUCUUUUUAAUUUUUAGAGCUCAAGAUCCCUGGGAUCCAUUUUCAGUUCCGCUCGAUGUGAGAGACUGGAAUGUGAUCGUCCCUUUUACUGAUGUUCCCUCGGUUUGCAUGGAGACGAUUGCUAGUUUUGCUUGCGAUCGGAGUUUUCUUUUUAUCCUGUAUACAUUUUUAGAAUAUAAGUUAUGGGGCAGGAGGGAGGGGAUAAAAUUUUGUGAAAAAACUUGAAAAAUGAAAGUUCUUAUGAUGACAUUGG